GCGAAGCAGUUGCAUGUUAUCGACCUCACGUUGGGCAGAUGCGGGUUCAUCGCACCCGAUGGGAUGCAUGCGCGCGUCAGUCGCGCCGUUAGCUGCAGUACACAGCAACGUGCUCAAAGCCGAAAGUCAGUUGUCAGCAACAUGCUACUGACGAUGUCUCGUCGUGGAACUCGGCAAAUACCUGGGGUUCGCACACAAUGGUGUGUUGCGGUGCAGCUCGGAGAUCGACGAGUCGCGCGCACGAACGCUGCACGAGCGCAGACAAAAGAUCGACGUGGCCACGGUGGCAUCGUUGCAGAGCAGUCGCGGUGUUCUUUCCCUUGAGUGGAUGGGAUUCGUUGCGGGCUCGUGACGUAUGCCACGGCAUGAUCUUGGUCAAGGCAUUCCGUGGCAAGAAGAUCUCCAAGACCCGACGUAGCGUCACGACGUUUGCCGGCAUAUCCGUCUUUCCCACCGUCAUGUGCGACGUCCAUCGCCGGCUACCACAACCGCUGAUGCGACGUGCUUGGGCGAGAGAGGUCUUAUCGCCCACUACGACGCAACGAUGCUGCAAGCUCCGGACUGUGAAGGGCGCUGCAUGUUACCGUGGACUUUUUCACUCCGUCGUUUUGCGGUGCACCAUCGCCUACCUGCUGAAUUCGGUCGCAAUCUAUUUGGGAACCGAUGGCGUCAAUAAUGGAGGUGCCGAGGACGCCGUUGCUCUCGACCUUUGAGGCCGAUCCAUCAUGAGCCAGUUGGUGCAGAGCCAACAGCGCCAGGUGAUUCCAUCGACUCUGGAAGGCGAUGUAGCUGGUGAACGGCAUUGGCGUCGUAAAUGUGUUGUCAGCUCGGCUCAGGCGAAGCAGCCGGUGUGCACUUCUUGACAUGUACAGUAUGCAAAUCGUGGAGGGAGUCCACACCACGUGGUCCUCGACUGCGCAUGUCAAUAGCAUCGGGUUGCCGCUCUU